CUCCUUCUCCAAUUCGCGCCCAUUUGUAGAUUUCGUGAUCUUAUAUUUCUAACCCCAACUCUCCGAAGAAAAUACGCCAUCACUAUGCUUUUUUUUUUUUUUUUUUGCUCUAUUGUUGUUUUUUCCCCUCAAAAUUAGGAUUUUUAGCAUUAUUUUUACCUUCCCUGUAAGCAUUCCCAGGCAUUAUUUGGGCCUCAUCGGCUGUGUUGUAGGGUGUACUGCUGACCAAUGAAGAAUAUUGUUAUUGGGAGUGGUUGCUUGAACAGUUUCUUUUUCAUCAGAAUCAGAAGCACCAAAAUUGAGCUUCUUCUUUUGAGGCUCAAAAUCUCAUUUAUGCUUCCUGCUGCAGCGGAAAUUCUGCACUUUCUAGUUCAACCAAAUGCUCAAUCGAGAUUGCUGCUACUGGAAGCAGAAGCAUAAGCAAAGCCGAAUAGGCCUGAAAUCUUUUAGACUACUGUUGUCAUUUGAUGUUGCGUAAUCUGGCACACAUUAUACAUUUCGGCGUCUCUCAAAACUUCACAGACUCUAUAUCUUCUUCCUAGAGACAUUCUACCAAGUCUUGAAGUGGCUAGUGGAGUUUUCAGAAAAGCUGGAAAAGAGAGCAAAAAGUACUGCAGCAGAACUAAAUGGAUUGCUGGACCAGGCUAGGGUUGUCGAACUAGAAAUGAAGAACGCUAUACAUUCUUUUAACAGCCUUUGUCAUCAACGCUUUAUUGACCAUAAAAUUUCAGAUGAAGAUGGCAUGCCUGCAGAUAUGAAGGAGAGUACAAGAACUUCAGUUCAAGUACAAGUCCCUGCUCAGGACUAUGAGCUUGACAUCUUACCGAGAUAUAAAGAAGCUUUAUCAUUGGGUUUGACUUCUUGUAAGAAUCACUUGAAAGGCAAAGACUGCUCAACUAGCUCUAUUUUCAGGGCCAUGCCAAUAUACAGUCCGCUGCCACAUAUUAUUGGUUCAGAAGAAUAUCUCCACGAUAAUAGCUGCGGCUUAGUAGAUGACUUUACAUCACGGUCCUUGCCUGCUGAUUUUAGCUGGGUGGGGGAUUCGAAAGGAGUAUCGUCAGAUUCAGAAGUACCUGAUAUAUUUGGUUCUCACGUGCUUGGGGCCCAACAGGAUUCGAACAAGGAUGAGACUGAUCCCUUAGUAUCUGCUGCUCAAGAUUUUAAAGCUAUGCUUGAAGCCGCACUUCUCAAUCCUUACAAAUUCUCUGAUGAGGAAAGUGUAUUGGCGCAUGAUCCUGUUAAUGAUAGGAGUGCUGAACAUACAUAUGAAAAUGUGGACCUAGGUACAUCAAAAGAACCUGAAGAUGCUUCAUCCGAUAGUUUGGAACAGCCAAAUGUUAUAAAGGAGCAUUUGACUUACCUUGAAGAUCCAGAAGUCCGCCCUGAUCAUGAGCUCUAUUCUGCCUUAGUAACCGGGAGCCUAUUUGACGGGGAGGAUGAGUCUCCGUCUCUUGAUCAUCAGGAGCCCUCUGACGUUCCUCCAUCCAUCUCAGGAUCCUUACCAGCAUCUGAAGGGACAGCUGAUUCUGGUGUUUCUGACGGCAAAAUCUUCUCUGAAAGUGCAAGUUCUUCUAGCAAUCAGAACAAAGUAAUAUAUAACAGCAGUGAUGCAUCAAUGUCCAAUGAGGAGGAAGAGAAUGGGAAAAAGAUUCUGGAGAAAACAGUCGAUUCUUAGAAGUGUAGAAGAGAAAGCAUCUGCUGGGGAUGAGCAGGACCAAAUAUGUUGAUCCUAAAAUUCUCAGGUCUAACCAACUUGGAGAGUAAUGAUGAACACAACAGCGAACUGCAGGAUAUAUCAUCAAGUAUAAAAUGCGAAGCAAAGGACACUUCACUAAUGAUAAACUGAAUGCGGGAAUUUGUCCCUAGUACCUGUUAUUGUAUGCAGGGAGUUGAUUAAAUUCCUCCUUUUAUUUUUUUUGAAACUUUAAUUUGAGACUUAUAUUGGAUUUUGGUUCAUGUGGAGAGGUUCAGAUCCUUGAUGAUGAUAUCUUGAUCUUUGAGUUUGAACGUCAACACUUAAGGAGUUUCAGUUUGUGUUGACAGGAUGGUGGGGUUAUGGCUGCAUUUUCAAUUGAUAACUGGUAGCUAUUGAUUGAGUUUAA